AGCUGGAUCAAGACCAACACUCGUGUAGCCACGCUCCGGGUUCACAAAAGCUGAGAUUGUAGCGACUUGUCCUCUCUUUUCUCUUCUUCUUCUUUAUCCAACUUGUGGGUGAGGUCAGCUCGGGUCAGCGAUGCUGCGGCUCCUACUUGUCUCCCUUGUGUUGGGGUGUGCGGGGGGCAGCGUGUGCGGACCGGACGUGUGUGCGCAUGUCCAGUGCGAGCUCGUGACGGAGGAAACUUGUCUUCGCGGGAGGAUCAUCAAAAACACCGGCUUCUGCGGCUGCUGCGACAGGUGCGACCACACGCUAGUGAAUGGCCACAGGUGUGCUGUCGUCAUCACCACCAUAGAGGACGUACCACUCGACUUCCGCUGUCCCGAUGGCUACGAAUGUGACCACGUGACCUUGACCUGUCAGGAGGUCACAGCCGUUGGCAAGCGCCAAGCGCCCUCCCUCAGCUGCUCGGACUUCGCACGGAAACUGGCACAGGACGGCCUGCCGGGUGGAUUCGUACCCCAGUGCCAGGGGGACGGAACUUAUUCUCCUCGACAGUGUAGAGGAUCUGUAUGCUACUGCGUGGAUGAAAGGGGGACUACCAUCAAGGGCUACACAUCGCCCAUAGAGGAGGCCACUAACAUGGGCUGUGAGUGUGCCCGUGAUCAACAUGCGUAUAUGCAGAGCGGACUCAUUGGGAAACUCUUUCCCUGUACUGACAAGGGCAGCUACCCACAGUAACCACAGUCUUAUCCUGACGUCAGACCUCAGGCACGUGGCGGUGUCACGUGAGGGACGUCACGACUGUACUGCCUCGCGGACGCCUCUGCUGACAGGACAAAUCGUGCGUGCACCACGUGUAGUGUCAUCGGCAAGUCAGUGCUGUCUCUGUCUACAUGUGUAGACUCCUGACGUCACUGGUCUCUACAACUACGUCACUACUGCGCUACUCACUACAUCUAUGUCACUAUACUAACCUCUAGGUCACGUGGUGUCCAUGUACAUGUCAAAACGCUUCAUGCUAAUAAUCGGCUGCUGUAAUGUAGACGUGACACCUAUGUACAGGAGUGAACACGUUGAUGUUAAUAAAGUCACGGCUGUAA